AUGUUCCUACCAAACCUCCUCAUCACUCUGCUGAUAAGCAUGACAUCCGUGCAAGCCCAAGAGACCCAGCAAUCCUGGGAAGGAUUCGUAGAAAACGAAGGAGUCCAUACCCACUACCGCGCAACAGGUUCCGGCCCUCUCCUCCUCCUCGCCCACGGCUUUCCCGACAAUGCAGACACAUUCUACAACCAGAUCCCCGAACUGGCGAAACAAUACACCGUCGUAACCACUACUCUCCGAGGUUUCCCUCCCAGCGACGUUCCCAAAGACGACGAUGCAUAUCUCCUUCAAAACGUCGUGGGGGAUUUCAUGGCUCUCAUCACGCAUUUCAAAGCCCGGAAAGUCUUGAUUGGAGGACAUGAUUUCGGCGGAGCAGCGAUUCAAUUACUUGCAUUUUCGCACCCGGAAUUGGUCUCUGGGAUGAUUCUUAUGAAUGCCCCUAUCAUUCCCCGACUCUCAUAUCUAGUCAAUUUCGACCCGGAACAGCAGAAGGCUUCCGAAUAUACUUUACAUUUCAUGAAGCAUCAAAUUGGCGAUGACAAGGAUGUAGAAGAGAAGACCAAGUUCAUUCGAGACCCCAGACGCCGCAAGGAGAUUGAAGAGUAUUUGACCGCUUCUCCCAUGAAUGGUAUGAUGGCGUACUAUAAGAAGAACUACCCUGCUCCUCCUUAUGGGCAGACUUCCCCGUUGCAGAACAUCACCCUUCCAGUCCCUACUCUGAUUAUUUGGGGAGUGGAGGAUGAGUAUUUCAUUCCGAAAUUCGUGGAUGGGAUUGCUGGCAUCUUCCCCAACUCCACCCGACUGGUGACAAUUCCUCAUGCGGGACAUUGGGCUUUUCAGGAUGAGCCGAAGAAGGUUAAUAGGGAGAUUUUGUCUUGGCUUGGGGAGCUGGAUUAUGUGGGUAAAUAG